UUCUGAAAUGUGGGAGAAUACAGCUUGUGGUCGAUAUAAGGAAGAAUUCGAUCGAGUCAUACUGGUAUUUGCAACUCGAUUGCUGUGGUUGAGUUCAAAAUGCACAUGAAUUGAAAUUCUGGGCGGCGGUAGUAGCUAACAACUAUGACCUUAUCGAUGGGGUCGAUCUGGAUGCAACGAUAGGGCCUUUGCGGCGCAAAGACCAUCUUUCCUCGUCAUUUCAAUUAGUCAUCUAAACUAUACCGCUUGAACUACCAUGUCGAACAAGCCAGCCGUUCACCGCCAGCUGAACAUCAAGUCAGGCAUAGCGAAAAGGGUGUUGAAGGAACACAUCCUGUAUGCAAAAGAAGCAGAAGAGCAACAGCGGAAAGUCGAUAAGCUUAUCGCAAAUGACGCUGAGGAGUGGGACGUGAAAAGUGCCAGAAGGAUAUUGGAAGAGUCACACAGGAUGAUCAAGGAUUCUGAUAACCGUCUAGGCAAGGCGGUACAAGAUCUACGAGAACUCGUCCUGCGAGCCAAGAACCAAACUGAGUUUGCGGAAGAUAUUGAGCUGCUACAUGCAGAGGAAGCAUUGGAGGAGGCGAGCGUACACUUUGAUUCGAAGGUCUCGGCAUAGACGCGCAGCUCAUUAUAGUUUAGUUGAACUCAUAUAUUCAUUGCGUAGUGUGAGGAAGUUUGUACUAGUUGUUCGUGCUGUUGUGAUGCCCUGAGGCGUGUGAGGGCGUCGAGGAUGCCCACCCAUGCAUCUCGAUCGAUGCGCUCUUCUUGUAGGCCUCGACUGGAUCCGGCAGCUCUUGGAAGACCGACACCGAGUGAAGGGGGAACAAAUCCAAGAGGGGGAGCUGUGAUCGCGGAAGGUGCGAUUCGUGACUGGCGGAUAUGAGCCAGGGAAGAGCGAAUAGCUACUUGAAUUGA